CUCAAUUGCGAGGAUUCCAAAAGCCAAACGAAGUGUGUUCCCAAGCAUCCAACUGCCAAUCAGCUCUGCGUCUAGCUUUCAAUUCAAGCUUUCAUUUUUUUCACAUAAAGAUCCCCUUUUCUCUCUUCCAUAGUGGAGGAGAACAAGCAAUAGCUAAGCGAGCAGAACCUGUUCUUUAACAGGGGGAAUAGGGCUCUACAGAUCUGAUAACAUCAGCUGUUGAUCUGUUUCCAUUCAUGUGCUGAGAGCUCUCUUUCCCGGUAAGGAACAAAAAAUGGGUAUUUUGUUUACUCGAAUGUUCUCGUCUGUGUUCGGUAAUAGGGAAGCUCGAAUCCUUGUUCUUGGACUGGACAAUGCAGGGAAAACUACAAUUCUGUAUCGCCUUCAGAUGGGGGAAGUAGUCUCUACAAUUCCAACAAUUGGGUUUAAUGUGGAAACAGUGCAGUACAACAACAUCAAAUUUCAAGUCUGGGAUCUAGGUGGCCAGACAAGUAUACGGCCAUAUUGGAGAUGCUAUUUCCCAAAUACCCAAGCCAUUAUUUAUGUUGUCGAUUCCAGUGACACUGAUAGGCUUGUAAUAGCCAAAGAUGAAUUUCAUGCGAUUUUGGAGGAAGAAGAGUUAAAAGGUGCACUUGUCCUCAUUUUUGCCAACAAGCAGGAUCUCCCUGGUGCACUAGAUGAUGCUGCAGUGACAGAGGCCUUGGAGUUGCACAAGAUUAAAAACCGUCAAUGGGCUAUAUUUAAAACUUCUGCCAUCAAGGGUGAAGGCAUCUUUGAGGGCUUGGACUGGCUGAGCAAUACCCUCAAGUCUGGAGGUGGCUAACUUAAUAGGAAAAUAAUCAGGGUAAAUUUUUGCUUUCCAGUGAAACACAAUAUAGAGAAGAUAAAAAGUAUCAUUGAUUUGAUAUGAAUUGUGACAGGAAGUUUUGAGGAUUGGGAUCUUCUUCAUUGGGAU